CCUGGGUGGAGCCGGUGCCGGGGAGAGGCAAAAAACGGCUUUAUAAACCUCCGAGCUCGCCGUCAGCAAGUCCCGACAAGAGUGGUGAAAUUACAGCCCUUCACGCAGAGGAAGACAGGGACGGGCCAGUUGGCUCCAGGGGAGGAGAAGUGGUGGCAUCUGCCAGGGCUGACCCAGAGGCUCUCCUUUCCCCAAGACCGCCUGCCUGCCUGCCUGCCUGCGCUGCCUGCCUGCCAAGCGUGGUCACAUUCCGGUGAGGUCCCAAGGCCUCUGGCUUGUGACAGCUUCUUGAGGACCCCCUAGGCUUCCUGAAGCGAAGCCGGGAGACUCUGCAAGCCUCUGCCCAGAGAGGGGCACGGGAACCCUCUGAUCCGGUGCCAGGGGUGUUUGGAUAGAUGCGGCAUCCGGACACAUGGGCUGCCUCGGUGGUGCCAGGCAGUAGCGUGAGUGUCUGUCCCUCCUGGAAACCCGUUGCCUGAAAGCUGAGCUGGUUCAGACUAGAGAGAGCCCGGAGGGUGUCUGUCGAGCCCUCCGGCUGGACGGCUGCUGGACGGCCAGAGGGAGAACCACAAAGAUCUUUUUUGAGAAGGAACUUUCACCAGCUCCUUAGCUGGAAAGGCAGAGAACUUUGAGACAGCCAGCUGCCAGCAGAAGACGGGAGGAAACAGCGCCAUGAUGGGGUCAAGAAGCGGCAACAGGCCCUGGGGCUUCCUGGGGGCGCCGGGGGUCUCGCAGCAGGCCACGGGCUGGCUCUUCCUCCUCUUGGUGGUCCUCCAGCAGCUUUGCUCCAGCUGGGCCUUCUCCACUUGCAAGACCCUGGACAUGGACCUGAUGAAACGGAAGCGGAUCGAGGCCAUCCGGGGUCAGAUCCUGAGCAAGCUCAAGUUUCCGAAGCCCCCCGAAGUGGAAGACGCGGAGCCGAGGGUCCUGUCGGAGGAGGUGAUGGCCCUCUACAACAGCACCUUGGAGGUGAUCCGGGAAAUGGCAGCCGAAGAGCCGCAGGAGACCGUCCACGAAGAGUACUACGCCAAGGAGGUGCACCGCUUCACGAUGCUCUCCGUUGACCACCCAAGCUACGGCGACCAGUACAAGAAGGAUGACCAAAACGUCUACUUUGGAUUCGAAAUCGGACCAAUCCGGCAGGUCCUUAGCGACCCCAACUUGGUAUACCGUGCAGAGCUGAGGAUGUACGCCUCUGGGAACGGACAAGAGCAGCGAAUGGAGCUUUACCAGCAAAAAGCCCACUCUGGGAAUGACUCCACUUGGUACUACCUGCAAGGGCUGUCGGUGAAGGUGAAGAGCGAAAAAGAAUGGCUCUCCUUUGAUGUCACCAACGUCCUCCGGUUGUGGCUCGCAAGUAGAGAUGAGCUGGGAAGAUUUCGACUUAGCACUCAUUGUUCCUGUGAUGGCAAACGAAAUGAUCUAACGAUAAAAAUCGAAGGCAUUGCCACCAAAAGAGGGGACCAGGGACCAUUAAGUCUGGACACAAAGCAGCGGCCGUACCUGCUGAUCAUGGCCACCACUCCGGAACGAGCUGAUUCCUCAAGUCACAAGCGGAGAAAACGGGCCGCUCCAGAUGCAGAGUUCUGCAGCAGUCAAUCACCAGAAGCAAAGAAUUGCUGCGUACGCCGUUUCUACAUUGACUUCCGAAAAGAUUUAAAAUGGAAGUGGAUCCACGAACCCAAAGGCUAUUAUGCCAAUUUCUGCAUGGGGCCUUGUCCGUAUCUCUGGAGCUCGGACACUCAAUACAGCAAGGUCCUCGCUCUCUACAACCUGCACAACCCCUCGGCCUCAGCCGCACCCUGUUGUGUCCCCGACGAGCUGGAGCCACUGGGCAUCAUUUACUACGUCGGGCGACAAGCCAAAGUAGAACAACUUUCCAACAUGAUUGUCAAAUCCUGCCGGUGUAGCUGAGAAAUAGGAUCGGUGGCGGACUUGGGAUUGCCGUUCGGGUCAGUUUGGAAUGUCUGAAAGGUCCCACUGGGGAAGGAGUCAGGAGUGCAAGGACGCCGGCUUCGUUUUCCCUUCUGCCUUUUUUCCCCAUCUUUUUCUUUUCGUCUUCCCGAAAAAGGCAUUUUUUUCUUUCUCUCUCUCUCUCUCUCUCUCUUUUUUUUUUU